AUUUUUCUUCUCUGGCCCCAUGGAGGAAGUGAGAAAGUUGGCACGGUCAUCCAGGGCUUCUCAGGACCAGGUCACUCAGUGACAGAUGGACAAUGCAAGAAUGAGCUCCUUCCUGGAAUAUCCCAUCCUCAGCGGCGGCGACUCGGGGACCUGCUCAGCAAGAACCUACCCCUCUGACCAUGGAAUUACAACUUUCCAGUCGUGCGCGGUCAGUGCCAACAGCUGCGGCAGCGACGACCGCUUCUUAGUGGGCAGGGGAGUGCAAAUCAGCCCGCCCCACCACCACCACCACCACCACCCCCAGCCAGCCACCUACCAGACUCCGGGGAACCUGGGGGUGUCCUACUCCCACUCGGGUUGUGGUCCAAGCUACAGCGCGCAGAACUUUGGCGCACCUUACAGCCCUUACUCAUUAAAUCAGGAAGCAGAAGUAAGUGGUGGGUACACCGCGUGUGCUCCCGCUGUUUAUUCUGGAAAUCUUUCAUCUCCCAUGGUCCAGCAUCAUCACCACCACCACCAGGGUUAUGCUGGGGGCGCGGUGGGCUCGCCUCAGUACAUUCACCAUUCAUAUGGACAAGAGCACCAGAACCUGGCCCUCGCCACGUAUAAUAACUCCUUGUCCCCUCUCCACGCCAGCCACCAAGAGGCCUGUCGGUCCCCGGCAUCAGAGACAUCUUCUCCAGCACAGACCUUUGACUGGAUGAAAGUUAAAAGAAACCCUCCCAAAACAGGGAAGGUCGGAGAGUACGGUUACGUGGGUCAACCCAAUUCUGUGCGCACCAACUUCACCACCAAGCAGCUCACGGAGCUGGAGAAGGAGUUCCAUUUCAACAAGUACCUGACGCGUGCCCGCAGGGUGGAGAUUGCCGCGUCCCUGCAGCUCAAUGAGACCCAGGUGAAGAUCUGGUUCCAGAACCGUCGGAUGAAGCAGAAAAAAAGGGAGAAGGAGGGUCUCUUGCCCAUUUCUCCAGCUACACCACCCGGAAGCGACGAUAAGGCGGAGGAAUCCUCAGAGAAGUCCAGCUCUUCGCCCUGCGUUCCUUCCCCGGAGUCUUCUACCUCAGAUACUCUGACUACUUCCCACUGA